GAAACAGGGUCGUGCCAGGCGACUUGCACCAAGUGCAAAAAUGUCAGUAUCUUCAUCAACGAGACCGGUCCCUGUGGGACACACUAUUUCAUCAUAAGCGAAUACGAGCACACAAACAAUCAUAGUUGGUACAAGGAUGGCCUUCACCAGGGACGAGACGAGGAGAGCGGCAAUGCGCAAGGCGUGGUAAUAAAAAGAAGUUCCUGAACGAAAAUCAUCGAACCUGUGUGGGUCCCUCGCGAAGAUGUCAAAAAAAGCAGUGGGCGGUGCAUUCUCGAAGGCGAUCCCAAAAGGGAAGCCGCCCGCCCUGAUUCCACUGGAGAUCAAAACAAAAAGCUCGGUCCCAAAAAAUGGCAGCGUGCCGGCUGUUGAAAAGAAGGCUUCCAAAGUGCAAACCAAAAGCGUUCGUUUCGCCGGUGAUGACUCACCGGGUGAAGACGAAGGCAGAAAACCUGCCCCAAAACCUGGCAGUAUCAAAAACGUCCUUCCCUCCGCGAAAAUAGUACAUGAUAAAACUACCGAGGAGAAGAAACAAGACCAGCAGCAAUCCAGCAGUAGCAUCUCAUUGAAGCCACGUUAUCAAAGUCCUGCACAGAAACGCCCGGAGGAGGUUCAUUUGAAACCGCGAAAAGCGAAGACACAAGAUUACGAACAACCACUGAACAACGUCGCUAAUAAUUUGAGAACCACUGGUCAAGAGGAAGGUCAUGCGCAACAACUCAAGAGAAAUAAGCUCCCGAAUGCUGCAACAAGUUCCGGGUCGCAACAAGUGGUCCCUGAUGACACUACAACUCGACGCCCGAAGGCAGUGGAACAACAGCAAGUGCCACCAGGGAGCGCCGCCUC